AUGAGGAAAAAAUUAGUGCCGGAAGAGAAACCUAUAUGUAAUGCGGUCGCUGUAUUCAGGGAAAGAGGUAAUUACCUACAACGGCUAGAACAAUUUGAGAAGGCCAUACAAGCGUACAAUGAAGCUCUUCGUUGGAAUAGCUCAGACGUACGGUCGUUGAUUGGUCGGAGCGUAGCGCGAGCGAAGUCCACUUAUUACAACGGAGCUCUGGCAGACGCAGCUAGGGCUGCUGAACUAGAGCCGAGCAAUCUGACGGCGCUACAAAUUCGAGCGCAAACGGAAUACGAAAAAUGUGCUUUUGAACGUGCUCUUGUUAUGGCGCAUCAAGGUCAGCGCUUAGUAAGAUUCCCUCCGGACUUUGCAGAAUGCGCUCGCCAUGCUGAAGAGACGAUUCGAGAAUGCGUUGGCAGCAGUGCUAGUAAAGUGCUUUCGGCAGCUGUUUCGCUUAUAAGACGAGUGGAACUCAACAAGGAAUCCAUUGAUUCAGAUGCUUCAAGAGCACUGAAACAUCGCAGCCGAAUGCAAGCACAAGAAACUCAACAGGUUCAAGAAAUAUCUCGGGCAGAAAAACAAAAAUACGAACAAAUCUCCCGUUUAAUGGCUUCGAAAUACUUGGAACGAAUGGCACACGACAAACAUUUCUUAAUAUCUUUAUGUAAGGACGAAAGACUUAUCUCGGCCAACGCACAGGGCUCUAAGAAAUUACAAGAAUUGGCGACUAAAGCUUUGGCCGAUGUCGAGAAACGUCAAGCAGUUCUUCGUGAGCGUCGACCUUUGUACGCCGCUCGUGCGUUGGAAGCAGAGGCCAGAGCCCGUCUUUCGCACGCACGCAAGGAACAGCUGACGCGUGCACAGCAACAACACGAGACAGACGCACGGCGACUCGUUGCUGCAACCCAGGCCUUUUACGACCAAAAGGAGACCUUGAAGUGUUUGGAUAGCGCUCAAUUCGGCAUGGAGCAAAUAAACAGAAAAGGCAUUCGAUUGCUUCCGGGCAAAGAAAAAUACCUGCAGGAAUUGUACGAAAUCGUUGCCAACGCAUUCUUGGACCAGAAACGAGUACGCGAGAGCAUGAGCGAGUCCGACCGGGAGAAGAGAGCGUUUAUUCUCCUCGGGAUGGCGAUGUCGCGUGAGCCAAGUCGUGACUCCGUGUUACGAGCGCGCCCCCCUGAACCGUCGCGCGAUGCCAAGCAACGUAUUCGAGUCGUGGAACGUGCUCUGGCGCUGAGCAUGCGGGCUUCGGAGCGAUGUUAUUUACUGCACGAACUGGCACGUCUCAGCAUCGAGACGAAACAGAAUUUACGGGCUCUGUUCUAUGCUACGAAAUGUCAGAAUGAAUCUCGCGCAUCCAGUCAGCGAGUUUGGCUAAUAAAUGCAACAUUCCUAUUGGCCCGUUGUCACUUGCUGCAGAAUAAUAGGCCCGAAGCUCGAGCGGUGCUGCUUGAAGGGUCUAGCUUAGCUCGUUCAUAUGGUUUCAGCGAUGUAGCCGCUUUCUUUGACACGUGUGUCAACGUAUCAUUGGAAGGCGAAGUGGCGUUUUCGGAGGCACCCCUAGAGAAAAGGGAAAAAGAUAUGGUCGGUUUGAUGCAAGACGCUGAUCUGAAGGCUGCCGCCGAACACCUCUUCAGGAGAAUGUCCGUUAUUCCUGCUUCCCGGCGCUUCUCGAUAAUGCCAGGAAUGCAUGCUGACGAGACACCUCCGUCGGCAGCCGGUCGCCGCAUGUCUAUCAUACCUCGGAACCAACAGCCCACGAAAAUCGGACGGAGACUGCAAAAUCCCUUAGGAUUACAAACUUUCGAUGUCUGA